UGGCGCGGCGGCUGUAAUGGCGGCUGGCGGCGGCUCGGCGCUGCUCUGACACCCGGAUACCGCUCGGCGCGGCCCCGCUCCGCCCCGCUCCCGGCCCGCGCCGCGCCCCCCGCCCCCCUUCCCGCCGCCCGCCCCAGCUAGCUCCGCUCACGCCGUCCCUGGCCCCCGCCGCAGGCCCCCGCCGCGGGACGAGGAGGAGGGCUCCCCGCAGACAAUGGACGAGCACCCCGGAGGCGGCGGCGGGAUGGCGGCCGCCCCGAGGCCGCAGCAGCCGCCGCCGCAGGCGGGGGGCAGCAUGAACCUGCAGUCGGCUGGGGGCUGCGUGGGGGCCGGCGGCGGCGGAGGGCAGCAGGCGCAGGGCCCCGCGGCCCCGGCUGGCCAGGAGGCGGCGGGCCCCGCCGAGCUGUCCCGGCCGCAGCACUACACCAUCCCGGGGAUCCUGCACUACAUCCAGCACGAGUGGGCCCGCUUCGAGAUGGAGAGGGCGCACUGGGAGGUGGAGCGGGCCGAGCUGCAGGCUCGGAUAGCGUUUUUACAAGGGGAAAGAAAGGGUCAAGAAAAUUUGAAGAAAGAUUUAGUGAGAAGAAUAAAAAUGUUAGAAUAUGCAUUAAAACAAGAAAGGGCAAAAUAUCAUAAAUUAAAAUAUGGCACAGAAUUGAACCAAGGUGACUUGAAAAUGCCAACCUUUGAAUCAGAAGAAACCAAAGAUACAGAGGUUCCCACAGUACCUCAGAAUAGCCAACUGACCUGGAAGCAAGGCAGACAGUUACUAAGACAAUAUCUUCAGGAAGUAGGUUAUACAGAUACAAUAUUGGAUGUACGCUCUCAGCGGGUAAGGUCUUUGCUUGGGCUCUCCAAUUCAGAAACAAAUGGUUCAGUAGAAACAAAGAACUUAGAGCAGAUCCUCAACGGAGGUGAAUCUCCUUCAUCAAAACAAAAGGGACAGGAAAUCAAAAGGAAUUCUGGUGAUGUUCUUGAAACAUUUAACUUCUUAGAAAAUGCAGAUGAUAGUGAUGAAGAAGAAGAGAGUGACAUGAUAGAAGAUAUUGCAGAAGGAAAAGAAAAGCAUCGGAUAAAUAAGAAACACAAAAUUGGUAAUGAAGGUUUAGCGGCUGACCUUACAGAUGACCCUGAUACUGAAGAAGCUUUGAAAGAAUUUGACUUUUUAGUGACAGCUGAAGAUGGUGAGGGAGCUGGAGAAGCCCGAAGUUCAGGAGAUGGAACAGAAUGGGGAGUCAACAGGACAAAACUUCACGACAUGAUAGCUGAUCUGGGCGAUGAUGAGCUACCCCACAUCCCUUCAGGAAUCAUUAAUCAAUCUAGGUCACCCUCUUCUAGAAUGACUGAUCAUGAAGGUGCAAGAGCAGAGGAAGCUGAGCCAAUAACGUUUCCAUCUGGAGGAGGCAAGUCAUUUAUUAUGGGUUCUGAUGAUGUUUUGUUAAGUGUUCUGGGCCUUGGAGACCUUGCAGACUUGACAGUAACAAAUGAUGCAGACUAUAGUUAUGAUCUGCCAGCUAAUAAAGAUGCCUUCCGAAAGACAUGGAACCCCAAGUAUACGCUACGCAGUCAUUUUGAUGGAGUGCGGGCAUUAGCUUUUCAUCCUGUAGAGCCUGUGCUGGUUACAGCCUCUGAGGACCAUACUCUAAAACUUUGGAAUUUGCAGAAAACAGUUCCUGCCAAAAAGAGUGCCUCGUUAGAUGUAGAACCUAUCUACACAUUUAGGGCCCACAUUGGACCUGUAUUGUCAUUGGCAAUUAGUUCUAAUGGAGAACAGUGUUUUAGUGGUGGCAUUGAUGCCACCAUUCAGUGGUGGAAUAUGCCUAGCCCUAAUGUGGACCCAUAUGAUACCUAUGAGCCAAACGUUCUAGCUGGCACAUUAAUUGCUCACACAGAUGCAGUCUGGGGUCUUGCUUACAGCGGUAUCAAGAAUCACUUACUAUCUUGUUCAGCAGAUGGCACUAUUAGAUUAUGGAAUCCACCAGAAAAAAUGCCCUGUAUUUGCACUUACAAUGGAGAGAAAGAGCAUGGAAUACCUACAUCAGUUGACUUUAUAGGUUGUGACCCUGCUCAUAUGGUUACAUCUUUUAACACUGGCAGCACAGUCAUUUAUGAUUUAGAAACAUCACAGUCUGUUGUAAUGCUUUCAUCACAGACAGAAUCUGGUGUACAAUCAAAUAACCAUAUUAACAGGGUAGUAAGUCAUCCCACGCUUCCUGUGACUAUUACAGCUCAUGAAGAUAGACACAUCAAAUUUUUUGACAACAAAACGGGUAAAAUGAUCCAUUCUAUGGUUGCACACUUGGAUGCUGUCACAAGUCUAGCUGUAGAUCCCAAUGGAAUCUAUUUAAUGUCUGGAAGCCAUGAUUGUUCCAUUAGAUUAUGGAAUUUGGACAGCAAGACAUGUGUGCAGGAAAUAACAGCUCAUAGGAAAAAGUUGGAUGAAUCAAUUUAUGAUGUAGCAUUUCAUCCAUCAAAAGCAUAUAUUGCCAGUGCAGGAGCUGAUGCCCUUGCCAAAGUAUUUGUGUGACAUAGCAAAACAAACCUGCAUCAUAAUAGCAGGUCUGUUUGGACAAAAAAGAGGGAAUGCGUCACUGCCAUCAACGAUACGGUUACCAAUAAGACACUACAUCUGAUCUGCCUGGGUGAAGGCUCGUAGGUGGGGCAGGUUUAAGUUGGUGAAAAGUCACCACAUCUUGAAUAACGUCAGGCUCAUUCAUUUAACUGUAAUUACUGUAUUUGGGGGGGAGGAGGGGCAAAUUUAAAAAAAAAAAAACAAAAAACAAAAAAAAACAAAAAAAGAAAAACAGUAUUUGUAGCCUUGACUGGAUAUGAACUGAGCGUAUGUCUGUUCUUUAGGUGUCUUUAAGCAAACGUGGAGUCUGAUCUUACAAAAGACUUUUAUUUUGGACUCUGUGUGCUGCCUUAGGGUUAGGAAUGUGGUGCUCUUGUGGGGGGAAGUGAGCUCCAAGAGUAGCUUUCUUUUCAUCUCUUAGUAAUCUUCUGUUUAUCAGUUGAAUGCCACAGAUUCCCCUUUUAAACUUUUAUUUUGCUUUAAAGAAAAGGAAAUUUAACUUAAAAUAUUUUAGCAUUAGUUGCACAAAAUGUUUGGAUAAAAUUCUAGUUUUUAUAAGUCUUUUUAUAUAUUUAGCCUGUCACAACAGUGCUCAAGAUUGUAUUGAUAAUGUUUUUCUGCAUUAUAGAACCCUAAAACACAGAGAUCUCACUGACCCGCUGCCGUGUAACCACACUCUUCCCUUCUUUUGCCUAAUACAGCUCAGCUAAGUCCUUGCAUAAGGAUGCUAAUUCAUCAUCAUCGCAUAACUGUCUUCAUAAAUAAAGGACUGUAAAGUGUGUUCAAAUGAAACACAGAGGGGUUAACACCCCCCGAUGAACUCUUAAAAAUAAAAAUAAAAAAAAAUUAAUCUUGGCAUCCUAUCACUAUGUGAUAUUUUGUACAUCUUACUGUAUUUACGAGUUUAUUUAUCAAGGAUUACCCAUCUUGCUAAUGGCCUAUUGUUAUUUAUUUCACUUUUUGUUGGUCUUUAUAUCCUUUUAUGUAGUGUGUUAAAGGGCCCUGUAUAUCUAUUAUGGCACUCUUUGAACAGUCUAAAAUAGACGAAAAAUGGGACAUUUCAUAAUUCUAAAGUUGCAAACCAGGAAUUUCUUUUUUCCUCUGGUUAAGUACUGGAGUGGAGUUGAUUCCAAAAAACAAUCUUGUUUCAGAACUUUUGGAGUGAAAAAUAUUUUUUAUUUGCGUUUCAAAUAGAAUACAAAAGUAGUUGAUUCAAGAUUCAUAAAUCUGCUGUGUUUGGACUAGUUACUCCCUGCUUUUAUUUUAUUUUCAGAUGUGCUUCAGUUUAUGGUGUAACUAAAGAUUUUGUUUGUGUAAUGCAUGAUUAAUACAAUAAAGUAUUUUUUCUAGUCUUCCACAAAACUUUUCUGAUCAGUUUGCGAGUUUUGAUGAGUUUUGUAAGGUUUCUGUUUUACAAACUAUGAAUCAGCAAAUUUUUAAGAUUGUACCACAUAGCAAAAGUACAGCUGUUGAAAAAUAAUGUAUAUAAAAUGCAUAUAAUAAAUAUUAAAUGGUGUACCUGUAUGUUACUGUUGGCUACCUUAUUUUGUGUUGCACAGUUUAAAAGUGUCAUUCUACAAGUUACCAAAUUAGGUCUAAAUUAAUCAUAGCAAAAUGAUCAUUUGUUUAUUAUACUUACAAGCUGCUUUGCUUUUGGAAAAUUGUAAUAGUUGUCUGGAUGUCAACAAACCGUUCGGUUUCAAGCAGCAGCACCCACGUAUAAGAACAUGUUUCCACAAUAUUUUUAAAGCUCUUAUUUUAACCAGAACAACUUGAAAAUUGCUGACAGAACCUUUCUGUAGAGGUAAUCACAGCGAUUUUCUGCUAUCUGUGUGUAUGAGGUGAUUGUCAAGUGUGCUAGGAACCGAAAAGGUACCCUUAUUUUACUUCAGACUGCUGCUGACUCACUGUUUUGAAUCUAGAAAAACUCAUUCAUUUUUAUAUGCUUAAAAUUUGUCUGUGUCAAAUGCGAACUAUCGGCCUUUGUCCGUUUCUUUACGAGAAUUUCUUCUCCACUACAGAAGAUGUGUAAGUGCGGUGCUUAUGAAAAAGGCAAAGCUACCAGUGAACAUUUAGCAACUACUUGUGAUGAGCCACUUUCCUGAAAGUGCAUCAGCAGAAACAAAAUACGGCAAUGAGUCUUAGAUUGUCAUGCAAAAUUAGUCUUCAGGAUUAAAUUCCCUUAACCUGGAACAUGUUCCUAUAAGUGGUUCUAACUGUGUUGUUCCAUGCGAGAUUCCAGUUCAGCAAUGAGAAUGUAUCUCGGGUCAAGCAAAUUAAAUUUUAAAAAAGGGGCGCAGGAGUAUAUGCCCAGGGUAGACUGAAUACUGCGGUUAUAUUCUGAAAUGGAUUUUGUUUUAGUAAUAAUGUUGCAUUGUUUUAAAUGUGGUACAGUAAAUUUUAAUUGUAUAGAAAUUGGAAUUUUUUUUCCUUUACCGUGAAGAUCAAGGUGAGGCCUUUUACUAAUCACUUGUAGGACACUAAGACUUUACUUUUGAAAGUAACAUUCAGCUGACUUGCACUUUUGUUCCUUCCAGUCUAAAGCAUUCAACUAAUCAACAGACAAGAGAGUGUAUCUGAAUUUUAUUGCAAGUAAUUUCAUAACUGCCUUUUCUGAAGCCAAACUUUGUUUCUGGCAGCUUUUCCAGACUGCUGCAUUUUAAUGCUUAAAUGAAAUGUGAUUGUUUAAUAAACAUUGCCAUGCAUAACA